GCGCGGUCCCCGAGGGUGGAGUCCACACCUUCUGCUCUGGGAACAUUUACCAUAUGUGAGCUCUCUGGCUUAUCCGCUGCACCCGUUGUUGCUGCGCUUCUUCAUCGCGGGGCCUCAGCUCUCGUUUGGAGAACUCGUUUGACCCACCCGCUCCAGGUCAGGGAUCCGAGUUUGGGAAGAUGAUGGGACUGCGAUCGGCCACGGAGCCCGGGAGCGCGGGGGACACCUCGCUCAUGACGCCGUCCGACAAGGACCUGAGCUCGGGACCGCAACGUGUGCUGAACCAGGUCAACAGCAUUAAGAGGAGCAAAUCGAAGUACAAGAACGGCACGGCGAGUCCCACAGACCCUUCUCCACCAACUUUCAAAUCCUCUGACUUUGGGACGUUCAAGUAUAGGGGAGCUAGCACCUACGUCCGCUCCAUCUCCAGCGGGUCAGCCGCUCUCCAGAAUAGGAAGAGCCGAAGUCUAACAACUAAAAAUCCGAAGGGAAGAUUAGUCGGCUCCAACAUGGAACAAGUCAACACCUCAUCCUGGACAAAAAGCUCCAAUGGGCUGAAACCCAGUCAGAGUGACCCCAGUUUUAUUUCAGGUCGUCUUGCUUCAGCACCUAGCAUGAAAGUCAAAGGGCAGAUCAAUUCAAGCCAAAUUCAAGUUACUAAAGAGACCCGUUCGACAAUUAAUUGCCCGUCUUCCACCGAGAGUCAAAUGCAAAUUGUCCGGCCACCUUCCAGCCAGUCUCAAACCGAUGGCAAGUUGGGCUCCAUUAAGGUGUCCAAACUCGAGCAGUCGUUCGUGUUCAACUCUACAGGAAACAUGCAAGAUGAUAUAACCCUAGAAGAAGCCGUGCAUUUCUUGACGGAUACUGAUGAGAAAUGUCAUCAACGUGGGGCCAACUAUAUCCAACAUGUCUGCUUCAGUGACGAAUUAGCCAAAGACAAGGUAUACGAGUAUGAAGGAAUUCCACCUUUGGUGGACAUGCUGGACAGCACCAACCCAACCAUACAAAGGGCUGCUUCUGGUGCUCUGAGAAAUCUCGUCUUCAAGCACAACAAAAACAAGAUGGAAGUUCAGAAAUGCGGUGGCAUAGCUAAGAUCCUGAACCUAAUGAAGAAGACAGACUCUACUGAAACGCAGAGGCAACUCGCUGGCCUACUCUGGAACCUGUCUUCCAUUGACGAACUGAAGAAUGAGCUAACUUCGACAGCACUUAUCGCUCUGACUAAGAAUGUGGUGGUGCCAUUUAGCAUCCCAAAGGACGACACAGAAUAUGUAGAUCCAGAAGUCUUUUAUUUUGCCACCGGCUGCUUGAGGAACCUGAGCAGCGGCUCAAAAUUUCACAGGGGAAAAAUGAGAAAUUGUGAAAACCUUCUUAAGGCCCUGGUGACAUACCUUUUAUCAUGCGAGAAAGAGGGGAGACUAAAUGACAAGCCUUUGGAGAACUGUGUGUGCACCCUCCAUAACUUGACAUACGAACUAUGGCAAGAGUGUCCGGCGGCUACAUCCUCAGCAGAGGUUCAAUCUGAUAAUCCUGAGGGUAGGAAAAGCCCCACAGUUGGAUGCUUCAGUCCUAGAAGCAGAAAAACUAAAGAAGAGAUUUUCUCAGACCCACCGCAAGACUUGAGAGAAGGCAGUGAUGAGACAACCAUGGGAUCACAUGUGAAUUGGUUGUACAACACAAAAGCCAUAGAUGUGUAUGUUGAGCUGCUCAAGUCGUCUAAAAGCGAUGUCAUUAGCCAGGCCAGCUGUGGUGCCAUGCAGAACCUCACUGCAAGCAAAGAUAGGAGGUCUGUAGCUGUGAGUGAGCAUUUGUUCAACCAACUUUCGAACAAUUGUCUCUUGUCCAGUCUAUUGCGGUCCCAAGUUACUCAAAAGAUGUAUCUCUCUCUUCUGGAUAACAUGUCUCGCACACCCAGUUUGCAAUCCCAGAUGGCGCCGAAGAUUUUGCCUGAACUUGGGAAGGUUUUGACUGAAACCGACUGGACAAAAGAAGCAGGUCCUGAUAGUGUUGCAACUGUUUGCAACGUGUUACCUAGACUGCUACUGGUAGACCAGAAGAUCACCAAGAACACCAUGACUGCAAAACUGAUUAUGGCACUGAGGGAUAUAAGUCAGAGAGAGCCCCAAGACGCUGGAUCCCUUGCAGCCUCAAAACUGCUACACAACUUGUGGACAAAUAAGUUUCUGAGAAGCACCAUUAAACAUCUGAAAUUUGACAGAAUCCAUUUUGUCAAUCCAACAACCAUAGCGGCUAUCAAGGACUCCGACGAUGAAUGUCCGACCAAAAAUUAACAAGAGAAGGAAACCCGCCUGAUCAGAAGCUUCUGCAGCCACACCCUUAAAGUCUUCACUGCCAACCUUGUUGGAAGAGCCUAUGAGUUAUGCCCUUCAAACACUAUGUAUCUACAGUGGGGAGAGUUUAGCCUCGCCAAUGAUCAAAAGUUGUAAUUUAAUUUGAAAAUGUUUGUGCGUUUCGGUAGGCUAAGUGUGUGAGGUAGGCGAGCGUUGGCGCUAAAACCUAAUUCAUGCAGCCUUCAAUACACAUAACCACUUCAUGGAUUGUGACGUGCAGCGAUUCUUAAGAGUCACAAGUUGCAUCACUGUGAAAUAUUACAAUGUUAUCAGUUCCUAGUGUGGCUAGAACAUCCAUGGUGAUGUUAAGAACUGGCAUAUACAUCAGAAACAUGAAAAAAGUUAAGAAAUAUGUUUUUGUUUUUUUUAAAAAUGUGCACGUGGAGAAUUAAGUGUUUUUAGUAACAUCAAGCAAAAAUAAUACGAAAAAGAUUCAGUUUGAGGUCAAAAUAAGUACACCACCAGCUUAUAUCAUGAA